UCGGUCUUGCGAACACUUGUAAUGCAUUACAUGGCGGGUAUAUUUUUGCAGAAUCUUCUCCGAUAUAUUCGAAACGGCGUAAAUCGUCGUAAGAUGGCUUCUAACGAAGACGGUGAUUUGAUUGAUCUUGGAAACGAUGCGUGUGUACCGCGUAUCACCGUGGACGAUUCGACACCCGAAGAACAGGAGCAUUUACUUGAUGUUUGUCCUCCAAAACUUGAGCAAAAACUUUCUCUUACUAGACGACAAGAGCGAGUGCUAGAUAACAUAGACAAAGGUGACAUUCUGGUGACUUUGGGCCAUGAUCAAGUGGUGCCGAUUCGGAAACGGAUCGACGUAGUCUCAUCGGACACGAUUAAGCGGGUUCGCGAUAUUACCCGCAAUCUGGAGCCAAUGAUACGCAAAACUUGUUCCGAUAUCAAUGAAGAAACACAACGGGACGCGGUGGACUAUGCGACGAUCUCCGACCGCGAAGAAUCGAUGAACACAAUCGCGAAACACGAAGACGAGACUUAUGAAGCGCGGGAGAUAAAUAAUGCCUUCAAUUUUCUUACCGAACACGACGACAACGAGGAUCAAGCGGAGACGAGCAUUAGCCGCGUAAGAAAUGAGAACGUUGACUUGAAUCGCUCGAUAUCUUCCAUGCGUCCCCUGAUUGAGAAGGACACGGCCAAUUACCCCUCCGUCACCGUCAGGACUUGGAACGAGGAAAUUACCGGUAGAAAUGACGCAAAUGCGAGGGUGGACGUCGUUACACCAAAUGGCUACGAUGUCCAGCUAGAUAAUUUAGCCUUUGAAUCGUCGCCAGAUUCGAAAAAGUUUCAAGAGGAUAGUUCGAUCGGGAACUGGUCCGUUUCCGUUGAUUCGGAAACUCACACGAGAGCCGCUUUCAAGAGACGCGGUCAGGAGGACAUCACCUUCAAGCGCGAGAGCAAGAGGCGUUCCUUUCAAGAGUCGCAUCGUAAAUCAUGGACGGAAGGAACGAGCUUAAACUCAACUCUCACGGAUGGACUUGGUGGUAUCGAUAGAUCCACUAGUUUCCAGGAAUAUCGUUGCGCACCGUCGAUCUCCGACGAUUAUGGGGUAUCCAGCUUUCUCACGAGACAGACACCGGAAAUAGAAUCGGCAACGGCGACCGAGGACGGCUGUUCGGACGGCUCCGAAGUGGAUUGGUCGUGGCUCGAGGAAGUGGAUGGUCUACGGGCCGCGGAACCGUUCACCACGGUCGGCGGUGAACGCGACGAACCGGGGGGUAGGAGAAGCGCUUCUCCCACUAACGGAAACACGGGGCGCAGGCGCGCCCGCGACCAUCACGAGACGGAGGCGACCCGCAGUGUCGCGAUGUCCGUCACCGUGACGGCAAAGCCCUUAGCGGUCGGUGACUCGCGGUGGCCAUCUUCUGGAGGCGCGCUUCUUGAUCGUCAAAACAAUAACAACAGUCGUCGCCAUCGGCAGCGUUGUAACGGUGAUAACAACAACAACGACGACGGCGAUGAGGACGACGAGGCCACCGCGCGCUGUAACGCCACGAAUGAAGCAGUCGAUCGUGAGAAUCACGACGUCUCGACAACGACGAUCACCACCGGCUCAGUCGCCGCUACCGCGAAUUCAUGGAUGCGCGCGUCUAUGCGGCGUCUGCGUCAUCUGCGGCUACCCGAAGGCACACAACGCAGAGGCAACGAGUUAACCAAUCGGCGCGCCGCGAUCGUCUCGGCGCCGAAUUCACUGCCGGACAUUGCGCUGAUCGCACCGGAAAUCCUCGCGGCGCAGACCAACGGCGGUAAUUCCGGCACGCUGCUGCGACCCGCGAGCGCGCCUGCGAGAAACGCAACCGCCGCCGGCGUCGCGACGCCGCGUCGGACCGGCCGGCAAUUCGCCGGCGGUGGUAGGUCGCGAGGUGCGCGAAGUCGUGAAGCGUCUUCGAGGCAGGGCAGUCUCGGAUCUACGACCACGGUCAGUGACACCACAGUCGCAUCCGGCAUUACGACCUGCUCCAGUUCAUUUGGCGGUGCUUCCACCAGUCCACCCUCCAGCACGGCGACUAGCCCGCAGCGUGCCACUUCGAGAAGGACAUGCGAGAGGCAAAGAGACGUCGAUAGACACAAUGAUAGAGGCGAGGAUGAUGACGAGGACGAGAAUUCUCUGGGGAAGUGGCCGCACACCCUCAGUUCGUCCUUUGCGUGCCUCGGCUGCACCCUGGGACUUUUUAAUAUCAGUAGAUUUGCCAUUCUUAGUGUACAAUUUGGAGCAAACUUUAUUAUGCAGUUCCUGAUUUUAUCUCUCGUAAUGGGCAUCCCGUUAUUAACAUUACAAGUAUGUCUCGGACAAAGACUGGCGGCUGGUUCUGUGGAUAUGUGGAAAAUUUCGCCGCUUUUUCAAGGUGUUGGAAUAGCGCUGCUUAUCGCACAGGCUUUCAUCGGUAUCUACAGUAUAGUUGGCAUAUCAUGGAUGUUUAUGUAUUUCAGAGAUUCGUUUAUAACGAAGCAGGAUAAGUAUCGAUGGGCUAAGGAAGACGACAGCCAUUCUACACUUAACACCUCGUACAAAUUAUACGAGACCGUUCCGAACUACUUCAGCAUAAAUGUGCUGCAAAGACGCCACUUAAACGAGAACGAUUCCGGCGUCACCUUAACGUUUCAAGUGGCUUUCAACUUAGCUGUUGUAUGGAUGAUUGUAUUUGUUUCACUGAGUAAAGGUCUGAGAUCCUAUGGAAAAGUCGUGUACGUCUUCACACUAGUGCCCGUAUUUGGCACGUUAGUUCUUUGCAUAAAACUGCUAGGAAACACUUCUCUGGAGACGAUGCAAUUUUUCCCCGCCACCGUCUGGAGCGAAUUCUUCAUUAAUGGAAAGUCAUGGGUGGCUGCCUCGAAUGAGGUCUUCCUCACAUGGGGCUUACUCGGCGCGGCCGCUAUGCAGAUAGCGGCUCAUAAUAAGCACAAGCAUCUCCUGCGUCGAGAUACGACUUUCGUAAUAAUCCUGACAGUUAUGGUCCUUCUUCUCACGGCUUUCCUGGCAAAUACCUGCGUGCACAUCCUCAGGGUUCGCGACUAUUUCUAUAUCACUAGUUCUUUCGAAGAUCCAUCAAGGAUGCAAUUUAUGAGGGUUAUCGGAGGGGAUCAGCCAGCACCGCUGGGAUAUAGCACUACACCGGAGAGAUUCAUGUCUCACGCAUCGUUUCUCCUCGGUCAACGUGUAACUCGACCCGGCGCGGAUACCAAUACCGAGUCCGGAUACCAGGUGUUGCGACUAGCCACCGAAUUGGUACCUGCGACGCUGGCAUUGCUAGGCACCGAAGAGGUGUCGCCGUUCUGGGCGAUCCUGUUUUACUUCAUUCUCAUUUUAUUUGGCAUCGCGCAGCAGUUGGCGAUCUGGCAUUGUGUAAUAACCGGUAUAAUGGCAAUCAACACAAAAAUGAUGAAACAGUGGGAGACCACCAUCACGCUUUUCAGCUGCAUUUGUGCUUACAUACUUGGAUUGCCUAUGGCCACGGAGAUGGGUAUUUACGUCGUAUACUAUCUCGAUUACACCGUUGGAGGGGUAUGGUGGAUAAUUAUCUUGUAUUUAAUUCAAAUCGGCGCCGUGUUUGCGGUCCGUGGACGUCCGCAUACCGGCGAGGCGGUCGUCGCCGAAUUGUUCCCAUCGACUGGACGAUGCCUUAAGUAUUGGGCCGGACCUUUGUUAUCCUUCACCUGGAACGUCAUUCUCCCCAUCACUUUAAUCGUUCUUAGUAUCACAAUAUUCAAGAGCAGCGGCUUCCGGGAAUUGUACUCGUAUCGUCGUAGAGAUUACUGGGCUGUGUGGUCGAGGCAACUCGGAGCGUCGAUUCAGCUGAUACCGAUAUUAAUAAUACCGGCAGUGGCUGUCAUACAGACAUGUCGAUACUUGAACAGCGGACCACCCGAUAUAUUCGAUAAUGAACAGGUGGAAGUAACAGUAAAUCACUGCGAACAGUGUAACGGCAGAAUUCAGUUGCUUUAUCGGCCGCCACUGGAACCGGAGGAUCCUCGUGACGCGCAGACCCAGGUCGGUAAUGAUACUGGCGCCAGCUUGCACGGCAAUGGGAUCUUGCCUACUGCUCCCCUGGAGAUACCUUUCGAAGAUCCACCGCCGAAGUACACACCGCCGCCGAGCUACACCACGGCAACCGGCGCGCGAAUCGCGAAGAUGUUGCGGCAGAGUUUUCGGCGGAGUGUGCGAAGGAUCGCGAACGUCCUCGGUGAGAGCAGCGCGCCGCGACAAAGAUCGACCUUGCAGCCGCCACCGCCAGAUUAUGCAACCGUGUUGGUGGAGAUGAAUCAAAGCGGCGUACCGUUGUCGCGCGAUCACGUCUCGAUCCACGUGUUGUCGGAACCACAGCCGGACGUGACGAACACCGGAAGCAGUCGACAGGGUAUAGUGGACGCAGCGGCGGAGCUUCGGCAUCGGCCGAACACCAUUGACCGCGUCAACAGGAUCGGUAUAGCGGAGAGAUCGCGCGUGAUCGAGCGCACUCAUUCGAUGCUCGAUCGAAGUCGCCGGCCGAACACCGCAAUUCUGUCCGGCUCGAACCUGACGGCCGCUGAUGUGGCGAAUCUGCUGCGUAGCAGCAUACGCAGGGGCACGAUGAGAACGCAACAUUCACUGCGUCGCAACUUCCGCUACGAGGAACCGACGACGGCGGCGUCCGUCGAAAAUCUAGUCGAGGCCGCCGCGCCCAUCGGCGAAGACUCCUUGAUCCUAUCGAAGGACACGUCUCUAGUCUCCGACGAACAGGUCAACGAUCGCCAUCCUCAUGAUGACGACGACAACAAUGACGGCGACGAGAAAAAGACUGCGAGCGAAAUGGAGAGUUCCAUUUCUGUGAUAUAAUUGAACUGCAUAUGUCCGAUCGGUCAAUCGUUGCACGCUCUGUGCGCGUAGCUGAGCAACUCGGCAUUUUGGAUCGGUUAACUUCGGUUAGCGAUCCGCUACCUCUUUCUAAGCUAUCUAUCUGUAUAAUAUAGGCGGAGAGAAAAUUUCGUUAACCGAAGCCGACUUAAUUGACACUAAUUGACAUCGAUACAAUCAACUCGGACAGGUGUGUAUUUCGAUUCCUUCGCUAAUGAUUAGAAUCCUAACGUUCUCCUUCCGUGCCUGAGCAAUUGCGUGUGCUUGUUACUACUCCGAAGUACUUUUGUGUUCUGCGAUAUUUAUUUUCUAAUAUAGUACCUAUCUAAAUAUAUAUAUCUUUAUUAAACAUUUAGAGAAAAUAAAGUUUUUCAUAACAUAGUUCGACGCACUUCUGAAUAUCUCGAAUAUUGAGUGUCUCGAUCGUGAGUCUUGAUCUUGUAUACAUCGAAAGCUAUAUGAUUUUAAUUCUACUUAAUUUCGCGAUAAAUGCCAUUUUUCUUACUAGAAUAAAUAAAAUUCAGAAUCAAACUAAUCGCUUUUCUAAAUAAUCAUGUUUGUCUUCUUUAAUUGUUACUAAAGAAAAAGAUUGUUGUUAACUUUUCUCUAGAGAUUUAUAGAAAAAGUAAUUAAAGAAUAAAUUAAAUAAUCAGAUAAUUAAGAAGUAUAUGAAACUUAACUCCUAUUUUCGACGGAAAGUUUAAGUUUAGUUUUCUAAGAGUGUUCGACAGCAUUUAACGUGCUUGAAAUGAGUUUGUUUGCACUAAUUCUGAUAUUUCGAUCGGAAAUACGCAGAUAAUAUCUGUGUGUAAUAUACCUGUGUACUUUGUGUGUAUGUGUAUCGAGAUUAAUCUAUUCUGUAAAUAUGUGUAACAUUUUAAUGAAUCAAGCUGUAUGUUUUAUGUUUAAGUUGAUCGUCUAAUUGCUAAAUAUCUCGUUCGUCAUUUCAUUGUAUAACAAAUGUGUAUAGUCCGUCCAAUAAUCGAUGUUUCUGUAUUUUACUGCUGAUAGAUACAACAAUCGUCGCAAAGAUUUCGCAAUUGUCGCGAUUAAUUAAUCAAUUCACAUAAUAGUUUCACUCAAUCAAAAACAAAUCAUCGAAUAUUUCAUCGAAAUCACGUAGAAGGAAAGAUAUACAUUUAUAAAAAAAUCUUGCGUAAAUAUUCUACUAA